AUGAGGACUGCCCUGGUCUUCACGUGCUUGGUGGGGAUGGCAUGUGCCUUCUCGGUGAAGAGUUGGCUGCGACGGGCCAAGUUGGACGACUCGGAUGAAAACGCGGUGUUCAAGAGCAGGCACCGGUAUUACCUGUACAGACACGCCUACUUGCACCCCCUGCAGCAGCGGUACCAGGGCAGUGACUCAUCGGAGGAAGAGGGGGACGGCUCGGAAGAGGAGGAGGAGGAGGAAGGGAGGGGCAAGGGCUGCCAAGAGCCCCUGAAGGGGGCCAGGAACAGCUUUGCUGGCAAGGGGGAUGACUCUGAGAAUGAAGACAGUGACGAGAACGAGGAAGAGGAGGAAGAAGAGGAGGAGGAAGAAGAGGUAGCCGAGAACGAGAAUGGCAUCAACGGCACGAGCACCAACACCACUGAGGGAGCAGAAGGACCUCCUGGCAACGGCACCGCAGUGGCUGAGGAGGAGGAGGAGGAGGAGGAAGAAGAAGAAGAAGAGGAGGAAGAGGAGGAGGAAACCGAAGCCACCACCAUCGCCAGCACCACCAGCGAAGAGGGGCUGUCCCAGGCCACCACCAUGGGACAUGGGGGACCAACAGAGGCCACCACAGCUGGGGAGCAGUGGGAGUAUGAGGUGACAGCUGGAGGCCACGGCCGGGGGGACGAGGGCACCACAGAGGGCAGCUACGUGGAGCAGGAUGAGUCCUCCCGUGGGGACACCUACCGGGCCUACGAGGACGAGUAUGGCUACUACAAGGGGCACGGUUACGACGUGUACGGCCAGGACUACUACUAUAGCCAGUGA